AUGGCAGUUGAGGAAGAUAUAAACGUUGCAUUACAAGAGGCCGCAAAGUGCUACGGUAUUAAAGACUAUGAAAGUGCAGUAGGGUACUACUCAGAGGCUAAUCAAAAAUACGAGGCUAUACAUGGUGCACCAAAUGCAGAUUACUUGUUUUUAUAUGGACGGAGUCUAUACCGUAACGCACUAGCCAAGAGCGAUGUUUUAGGAGGUGGUGGGGAUGCUGCCACUGAAAAUGAGGAGUCAGAAGAGAAGGAUGAACCGGGACGGAAUAACGACACUGAAACACAGAUCUUCCAGUCUGGUGCUGAAGUCGACGAGGAAGACGAAGAGCAAAAGCAAGAAGGAGGACAGGAGGUAGAACAGGAGGACCAAGAAAAGAAGCAAGAGCAAGAGGAAGCCCGGAACGAGCCAGAACAAACCGACGACAACGAGAAAGAAGAUGCCGAAAACGAGCAGGAUAAAAACGAAGAUAACGAAGAGGACGCUGCCGAAAAUAAUGACGAGCAAGACGAAGAGUUCCCAGAAGAGGAAGAAGACCAAAGCGACUUUGAGGCUGCAUGGGAAAUCCUGGAACUCGCUCGUUCCCUCUAUGAAGAAGCUUUCAAGGCUAGUCCAGAAGAUAAGAAACUUCAGGAAAAACUCUCCGAAACUUAUGACGUUCUAGGUGAGAUCUCCCUUGAGUCAGAAAACUUUCAACAAGCCGCCGAGGAUUUCCAAGUAUGCCUCGAGUAUAGGGAGAAGUUGUACAAGGAUGAUGAUGCAACCCACAGACUACUGAUUGAAUCCCACUACAAAAUUUUCCUAGCGCUUGAAUUUCUCACUGACAGUGAGAAGCAAUGUAGAGAACACCUCACUACAUGCGUUGAGCUUCUUCAGGCACGUAUUGAUGCCGGAAAGAGCGAAAGCGAUGACGAUCUGGAACUUUUGUCUGAGCUAAAGCAUAAAUUAAAGGAAUUCGAUCACAAAGGCGCCAACACUCUAGUAAACUUGAAGAACGACCUCCUGCAUCAACUGGCGACAGUUGCAACUGCUAGUGGCUCAUCUGGCAAGGUCAACGACUUGACUUCCAUGGUAAAGAAGAGGCCAGCACGUGAUUCUCAAAAUGAUAAGCGUACUGAAAAAAAAUCGAAGAUGUAG